UCUUGAACUGCUCGGGUGGCCUCGGGAUAGCCCUCUCUCGCUCGCCGUGUGCUCCGUCCACUACAACGCCAGCAGCAGCGUCGUCGUCUGGCAGUGCGAAGUCGGCCACCAUGGUGCUCAAGACCGAGGUCUGCAGGUUCUCCGGCGCCAAGAUCUACCCCGGCCGGGGCAUCAGGUUCAUCCGCAGCGACAGUCAGGUGUUCCUGUUCCUGAAUAGCAAGUGCAAGCGGUACUUCCACAACCGGCUGAAGCCCGCGAAGCUUUCGUGGACGGCUUUGUUCCGGAAGCAACACAAGAAAGAUUUGCACGACACCGCCGUAAAGAAGAAGCGUAGAACCACCAACAAACCCUACUCCAGGUCCAUCGUGGGCGCGUCGUUGGAGGUGAUCCAGAAGAAGAGGACCGAGAAGACCGAGGUCCGCGCCGCAGCUCGGGAGGCGGCGUUGCGAGAGAUCAAGGAGAGGAUCAAGAAGACGAAGGAUGAGAAGAAGGCGAAGAAGGCCGAGAUGGUGAAGACGACGAAGGGGGUCGGGAAGCAGGCGACACGGGCAGCUCAGCCCAAGGCUGCGAAGACCAGUGCCGGUGGCAAACGUUAAGCAUGGAAAUUUGCAAUAUUUGUGAUUCCAGCAUUUUUGGGUUUUUACGUGACAGUGCCGAGGUCUUUAGGGGAGGUUUAGUGAUGGACACUGUGGUUGUACUGUAUGGUUGUUCUUAUCACAUUUUGAAUUUCUCAUGAGCAUUUACCUAUGGUUGUGUACACGGAAGUCUUAAUUCAUGCGGGGCUUUGCUUGAUUAGUAGUUGCUAUUCAAACUCGGACCAACAAUUCUCCUGGAAUGAGUUUAUUGUAGGUCGUAAACGGGAAUUCAUUAGUUUAGCACCAGUAUCCUAUAUUCGAAUAAUACGACAAUUUUUGGAUGUCCAGAUUUCGAUGUGCUGAGGCUCAGUUUGUCUUAAAAACACUGAUUAGCAUCUCAGUUCUUUAAAAAUCAGGGUUUAGGUCGAGGUCCACGGUAGAGGUUUCGUAAUUCAGUAGUAGUGGGUAGUAUGGUAAUACUGUGUCUUCAUAGAAUUCGAUUCCACCGUUUCUGUACAGAUAAAUCUGUUUUUCUGGCUUUGGUAUUUUAGUCAUUCAGUUCUUGAGGGCUUUGGUAGGCUUUAUUCUAAUUGAAUACUUAUCACUCAUCGUCUGUUUGUU